AUGGUUUCCCCUCAACCUAUGGGGGUCCCUGAUAUCAGGGUACAAGAUCAUUACCAAUCCCCCUUUGGGAACGAAUCCCGGUCGAGGACGCUGCCUAGAGCUAUUCCAAAUUCCAACGAUGCCGCACCACCAGGAAUCCCGUCAAUGGAAGCACCUGCGUCCAUUUUUGGAGACUAUAGACACAGAUUACCUUCGAUCCCCUCGGUCGACUUCCCUACUGGCACGCCAACAGAUUCCAGGAAAAGCGGUAUCUCGAGUCUGAGGGAACGUAUGCAUGCUUUUGAUUCCAUGCAAGUUGAUAGUACCCCGUCCGAUCACUCGCGAUCGUCACAUGGAACCCCAUCGUUCGAAUCGCGUGGCGGAUUUUUGGGCGGACUCGGCCGCGUGGAAGAGUAUAGGCCACUACCUAGUGCUAGCGUAGCAUCUACAAACGACUUGAAGAGCUCGCUAAGCGAAGCUAUGAGGAAAACUUUUGAUGCUUAUGACAAAGGAUUGGUCCAAAAGCUGAACUCCCCUGUUUCUUCGAUUGCAUCCAAUGGAUUAACCUCUACAUCUCAUUGGGGGAACCCACCAUCGUUCCUGCACCGCGAAGAAAGAAAUGGCUCUAUCAGUUCACAGUCCAGUCUCACGCUAGGUUACAACAAGGACCGUUCGCCAAAACUUCCCGGUGUCUCUGACCUUACUUCCUUCCCUUCAUCCCCUGCGAUCCCCGAAGCAGCUUCGCAAUGGCCAAAUACAACACCAAGCCCCUUUGAAGUCGGGUCUCGAUCUGGUCUUUCAUCAUACAAUGAUCGAGGUGACCGGAGCCCUGGCGCAACACUGCUGACUGAAGGUUAUGAAAAAGAUCGAAGGACAAAUAGCUUCAGCUACAUGUCCGCUCCAGAUCGAGCAAAGCCAGAACGCUUGAGCCCAGAAAUACGGUAUGCAGACGAGGAUAUCUCUAUGGAAGACGCACCUCAACGGCCUACCGGAUUUGACUAUCGUAAAUCCCCAGUAUCUCAUCCGAGUCCAAGUACAAGAUACGCCAAGUUCAGAUCGGGUCCUUAUUCACCAAGAGAAGAUCGAUUCGGUUCAAGGGAUAUGGAGUCUCGAACCCGCUUUUAUGGAAAUGAGAGCUCGGACCUUAAUCGCGUAACCAUGAGCGGUGGUCUCAACUUCAACAGCCAGAGUGGCCCUGCUGGGACUAGCUCUUCUAGGGGAACAUAUGGGGCGAAUGGAAACGCUCACCCUCCCAAAUCCCCGAGUGCAUUCUCUCGUGGCCACCAAAGGACUAUAUCUGAGGCUGUCGAACGUCAACAAGCUAGCGAAGCUGCAGUUGGGCCAAAACACCACUCGGCUCCCAAAUUACUUGGUGUUUUGAUGUGUGAAUGUUGCCCAAAGAAGCCCAAGAAAUUCGACAAUCACGCCGAUCUCAGGAUGCAUGAACUCGAGAAACAGUACGGCUGCAAAUAUUGUACUCAUCGUUUCAAGAACAAGAAUGAGGCAGAACGACAUCAGAACUCGCUUCACCUCCGAAAACACUCUUGGUGCUGCUCUGCUAUUGCUAGCACACCGGAAGCAGCAUUCCAUCCCAAUACUGCUAAGAAUAACUCCGUUGAUGUUUGUGGUUAUUGUGGAGAUGAAUUCCUCAACCCACCAGACUGGCAGGCACGACAUGACCACCUGAGCGAAGUACACAAGUUCGGGGAGUGUAAUCAGAACAAAAAGUUUUUCCGGGCAGAUCAUUUCCGACAGCACCUGAAGCACACACACGCAGGUACCAGUGGAAAGUGGGCUAACGUUUUGGAAAAUGCGUGCAAGAGAGAGGUUCCAGAACACGAGCAGCAUCCGGACCCAGUUAUGCAUGGCAACAUGAUGUCUGAAAUGAUGGAUUAG